AACAACAACAACAACAACAACAACCACAGCAGCGCGAAUGGUGGGCUGCUUCGCCCUCCAUCACCUCGAUCCCCACAUCAGAUGCCCCCGCCUGGGCUGAGACGCAACGGCCAUGCACCUGGCUGUACCGCAUCAGGCUGCGUUGACAACAACGGAGCACCGCCAACCAUGGAGGAGCCGGAGAGCCAGCGCUCAAGCCAGCUCGGCCCUGAUGAUGAUGAGAAAGUGCGUGGCUCCAUCUUCCAGGUGUCGUCCACAAACCUGUUUGCCCUCAAGAUGUAUGGCAGUGCGCAGGGCGUGACGUGCGAGAUUGCGCGGCAGCAAAAGUUGCCCAAGUUUGUCAUCCACCCUUACAGCACAUUUCGCUGGUACUGGGAUGUCCUCAUGGUGUUGCUGCUCUCCUUCACGGUGACGUCGAUUCCUGUGGCCAUUUCAUUCUUCAGUGACGGCAUGGGUACGGCGUGGUUCGUCGUCAGCUGCAUUGUCGAUUCCAUCUUCAUCCUCGACAUCUUUGUCAACUUCCGCACGGGCAUUGCAAAACAAGACGCCCCUCACGAAGUCAUUCUCGACCACCGCGCCAUUGUGAGGCACUACCUGCGCGGAUGGUUUGCAAUCGACCUCAUCUCCAGCCUCCCGCUUGAUUACAUCAUCACCGCCGCCGCCAAUUACCGCUACGACUCGCCGUCCUACCUCAAGGCCUCGCGUGCCUUGAAGGUCCUCCGCAUGACACGCCUCCUCACGCUGCUGCGGCUGCUGCGCGUCACCCGCAUGUUCCGCCUCUUCAGCCGCUGGGAGGAGACCUUCAACCUCAGCGCGGCGUGGCUGCGCAUGUCGAAGCUGGUCACCAUGAUGCUACUCAUGGCCCACUGGUCCGGCUGUCUGCAGUUCCUCGCUGUGCAGCUGGCCGACUUCCCGCCAUCGUCGUGGGUCGCCAUCAACGGGCUGGUGGACGCGCCCGUCUCCGCGCAGUACACGUGGGCGCUCUUCAACGCCCUCAGCCACAUGCUGUGCAUCGGGUACGGCAAGUUCCCGCCGCAGUCCGUGUCGGAGGUGUGGCUCACCAUCGGCAGCAUGGUCAUUGGCGCAUCGUUCUACGCCGUCUUCAUCGGCCAGAUCUCAAGCAUCACCCUCAGCGUCGACAGCGCUAGCAGAAACUACAACGAAAAGGUGAAAGAGGUUGUUGAGUAUUUGCGGGCGCAGAAAGUGCCCUCGAGCCUGCGCCAGCGCGUCUUUGACUACUACGAAUACAGGUGGCCACAACACAAGUUCUUUGACGAACGAAACAUUCUCAAGGAGCUGUCACCCGGCCUUCACAACGACAUUACGAAACACAACUGCCAGCCCCUGGUGCAGUCACUUCCAUUCUUGCGCAAUGCGGAUCCAGAGCUUAUCGAAGCAGUCACGACAAAGGUGGUGUUCCAAGUCAGCAUGCCCAGCGAAGUCAUCAUCAAGGCUGGCACGUAUGGGUCCGAGCUGUACCUUCUGCAAUAUGGAACGGUUGAAGUUGUUCUUCCCGGUGGCGAUGUUGUCUCCCGCCUGCACGACGGCUCAUUCUUUGGAGAGCUUGGUCUGCUGCGGCUGCAGAAGCGUGCGGCGAGCGUGAUUGCGGUGUCGCCGUGCCGCCUGUAUGUCCUCAGCCGCCGCGCCCUGGAUGAGGUCCUCGAGGCGUUUCCGCACAUGCGCCGCGAGCUCGAGCGCACCGCCGUCGAGCGAUUGCAUGAACUUCGCCAGCGCAUCCGGCGCUCGUCCAGUCGACGCCGCACAACCGGCACGCGCGGGCAGACGUGGGUUGCAACGCACGAUACCAUCUCGGAGCACGAUGACGAAGAUGCGGAAGGCAGCAGCAGGAACAGCAGUGCCCCCCUGUCGCGUGCUGCACACGCUGUUGGUGCAUCAUCUCCAUUCAUCGCGCCUACACACCGCUCACAGCAGCACCAGCAGCCGUCGUGGCUGGCGGCAGCGGCUACGGAGGGGCGCAGUGGGUCUGUGAGUAGCAAGACGGCCUCUGUGCAGGGCAGACGGGGACGCCGCCCGACCGUGGUGACGAAGUUGAACGUGCCGCCACCACAGCCGCCACAACAACACCAACGCCAACAGCAGGCCUCAAAGGCUUCAGUCACAAGCACCAGCGCCGUGCGACCCACACAUGACACGCACUGGCAUGACGGCCGCGCCUCCACCAUGUCCAACUUCAGCAGUGGUGGUGGUGGUGGCGGGAGGACACUCGGUGCGGUUGCUGCUGGAGAGAGCGGUGAGAACAAAGGCCCUGACGCUCGUCGUCACACCACUGCCACGAAACGGCGCACCAAGCAGCACGCCAGCUUCGACGGCGGCGAUGAUGACGAAUAUCUUGAUUUCGAGGGGGAUGCCCGGGGUGAGGACAGUGACAGCCACGAUGUUGAGGAUGGGGAUGGUGAUGGUGAUGGUGACAAUGAUGGUGGCCAUGUUGGCAGUGAUGUUGACGAUGUCGACGACGCCGACGCUGACGCCGGCGACGGAUCGAUGGCCGGGGUGUUUGCGGCCCACGAUGACGGUGGGGGAUUGCUCAUGUGGGGGUCUGCCAAGGAUGACCACCAGCAACGGCGACGCCAUUCUUCCCUUCCCGCCACCAAAGACAGGGACGCACUCUAACGGGUUGGGGAGGGAGUCUACCUAUGCAGUGUAUCUGUGUGUGUGCAGUGUGCUGUGUGUGUGUGCAGUGUGUGUGUUUGUGUGUGUGUCAAUGUGCAGUGUGUGUGUAUUGUGUCGAUGUGUGUCUGUGUGUCUGUGUUUGUGUAUGCAGCGUAUUGUGUGUCGUCUUCCUCGUCAAAAGCAACAACGGUUACGCACCAAGCCAGUGUGGUGUGUUGAAAAUUACACAAAUUCUUCAAUGAAUAUUCUAC